AUGAACUUAAGAGCAAAGAAGCAAGUCCUGAUAACGGACCUCCUGAACAAAAGUGCCCCUACCAAAGUUAACAAUCAAAAGUAAAGCAAAAGAGCGUAGUAAAGUAAUAAAAACUCUGAGAGAGACUAAAAAUUAGACCAUGAUCUGAGAAAUGAUCAUAAGAGUAAGAAUAGAAACAAAUCAAAUAACUAAGGUGCCAGAAACAACUCAGAAGUUCCAAAAACUAAAAAGAGAGGAAGGCAAGAGUUUGAGAGAGAUCUACAAGAAGAAGAGAAGAUGACAAAUAAAUAGACAAAAAAUAGAAAAGCAGACAAAAUCAAAGUAAAUAUUUCACCAAAGAGAAAUCAGCACUAAACAAAGAAUAAAAAAUCUAAGCAGCGAGAAUCUGAUGCUGAUAUGAUAGUUCAAGACUUAGCAGCUAUCAGUAAUAUCUAGCUUAGAGGCAAAAGAAUGAAAAAGGAUGAAUCUAAGCAUGAUGAUAAUGAGAUGAUUACCUUAAGAGAUAUAAAGUCAAAUAACAGAGGUAGAAAUAAAUCACUAGCAGAAGCCUAAAGUGAUUAAAAGCAGGUUUAAAUCAGAUAAGUAAUUUCUCAUAACUUAGGAGUUAGAAAGAUUGUAGCGCUCCAGAAUGGCUAACCUCAUAAAAAUCAGUCAAAUUAAUUAGUUAAUAAGCAGGUCGAGAUGAAGUAAGAUGAGCCUGCUUAGAAGUCGAAGCAAAGAGGCAGACCUAAGUUUGUCAAAAUAAAUGAAGACUUAAAUGACUCUCAGACUAAUAUUAUAAAAUCUAAUAAUCAUCUUAACAUCUAGCUUGACACCUAGCGGGCAAAGAGCAAGCAUAGAAAAUUCAAAAUUCAAAAUAAAAGUUUAGAUAUUAUUGACAUUGAUUGCGAUGAAAGAGUAAAUAACAAAAAGUAGUCUAGAAAAAGUUUGUCUGCUGAUGCGAAGCAAACUAAACCAGUCUUUGUGGAGUAGAGUAUUACUAAUUAGAGAGUUCUAAGAAACUACAAUAUUCUUAUGAAUAAGAAAGAUUAGCAUAAUGCCUCAGUGGUAUUCAAGAACGAAGAUAUGAAGUUAAAGACUCUUUAUAUCAAAUUGAACAACGAGGACAACAAGGAGGAAAUAAGCGAAAGCGAAAUUAUCUAUAGAAGAGCUGUUUAGGAAUUUCUCAAUGAGAAUCCAGAAUUCAACCAGCUCAAUUAAUUUAUGAAAAAAAGAAAGCAAAAGGUUAAGAAGGAUCUUCUAGAAUCUGAGGGAUUGUUUGAGGUGUACAAGUAAUGGUAGCCUAUGAAAUAAAGAGCAGAUGUUGGAAAGAAGCAAUUCUAUGAUAAAAUUUGA